CUCUUCUCACUAUAUAUUGCCUCAAAGUGAUUCAAAGGGCGAAAGCCUCUCGCAGUCGCAGAAACACAAGCGUUCAAUCCAAACCCUAGUAAACGCAAAGCGAGAGAGAGAGAGAGUAACAAUGGCAGAAGGUCUCGUUCUUCGUGGUACGAUGCGCGCUCAUACCGACGUGGUGACGGCGAUUGCCACUCCGAUUGAUAACUCCGACAUGAUAGUUACUGCUUCGCGCGACAAAUCCAUCAUUCUCUGGCACCUCACCAAGGAGGAGAAGACCUACGGCGUUCCUCGCCGCCGCCUCACCGGCCACUCUCACUUCGUCCAAGACGUGGUUCUUUCCUCCGACGGCCAGUUCGCCCUCUCUGGUUCCUGGGACGGUGAGCUCCGCCUCUGGGACCUCGCUGCCGGUACCUCCGCUCGCCGCUUCGUCGGUCACACGAAGGACGUUCUCUCUGUCGCGUUCUCCAUUGACAACCGUCAGAUCGUCUCGGCCUCGCGCGACCGCACAAUCAAACUCUGGAACACCCUCGGCGAGUGCAAGUACACGAUUCAGGACAGCGACGCUCAUUCCGAUUGGGUGAGUUGCGUUCGCUUCAGCCCAAACACUCAUCAGCCCACUAUCGUUUCAGCUUCGUGGGACCGAACCGUGAAGGUUUGGAACCUUACCAACUGCAAGCUGAGGAACACACUCGCUGGACACAGUGGUUAUGUUAAUACCGUUGCUGUUUCCCCUGAUGGGUCUCUCUGUGCCAGCGGUGGCAAAGAUGGGGUUAUUCUUCUGUGGGAUUUGGCUGAGGGGAAGCGUCUGUACUCUCUUGAUGCUGGCUCUAUUAUUCAUGCUCUCUGCUUUAGUCCUAACAGGUACUGGCUCUGUGCUGCCACUGAACAGAGCAUUAAGAUCUGGGAUUUGGAGAGUAAGAGCAUUGUUGAGGAUUUGAAGGUUGACCUCAAGACCGAGGCUGAUGCCGCUACCGGUGGUAACACCAAUAAGAAAAAGGUUAUCUACUGCACAAGCUUGAACUGGAGUGCAGAUGGGAGCACUUUGUUUAGUGGCUAUACCGAUGGUGUGGUCAGAGUCUGGGCAAUUGGACGUUAUUAGGUUAAGUUUUUUGUUUAGUGAUUUCAGAUGCGAAUCUGUUUUUGAAUUUUGGGACAAAGUUAGUUACUGUUUUACUGUAGAAUCGAUUUUUAUGUUCAAGACGCGGGGGCUUUGCGGCCUUUUAUUUAUUUUUAAAAUGUUCGUUUUGGUUUUACUUGUUAUAUGGAUAUUUCAACAUCUUGUUUGUUUCUUCUCGAGUUACCAGUACCUUGCAGUGUGGUGGAUGUAAUUUCACCUAAAAGAAUGACUAAAAUUUUUAUUUAUUCCCUUCUUUU